CAAGUGGGAGUUUGAAAAUGAACCUUCCUUUUUUCUUUCUUUCUUUCUUUCUUUCUUUCUUUUUCAAUAUAAUAUGAAAGGAUUUGAAAUUAGAGAUUCCAACCUUUGAUUAAAUGAAAGGAAGUGAAUCAUGUGUUAAUCUAUUGGGUUAUACACAUAUUUUAAUAAAAACCAAGUUUACUAAUUCAAUAUCAAUACAAUAUCAUAAUAAUAAUUCAAACUAACAAGUAUGACAUCUCUCGGGUCCCUUCAAAAUUCUUGAAGAUGACAAUAUCUAUUGAUAUGCAAAUAUUGGUUUGAAUGCUUAUUCAAGUUUUGGAUGGACUCGUUAGGUAAAUACAUUAUUAGAAGUUUCAAGAAUUAUAUAGAAGCAGAGAUGGAAUUGUGUUUGAAUUGACAACCCAUCAUCUUAUAUUGGAUUGCAAGAUUGUUUCUUUUAUUUAUUGUUAAUUGUUUGGUUUGUGUUUUAGCGAGUAAAAAAAUAUUGGUGGAGGAGCUCUUGUAAGCAUAAUUUUAUUCAUUUGAUAAAAGCAAGAUUUUGAUGUUAAAUUUGACGAUUAUUCAAAUCAAUGCCCAAAAUUUAAAGUGGGGUUUUCAAACGAAGUUAUCUCCAUUCAUCAGUUCAUCAGAAAUAGAUUAUGAUCUAUCAAUGAUGCUGCCUGAGAUGUUCGCCGGGAGAAGUUAAUGGGAUUUCUCCAUGUUUGCCAUUUUGCAUCAAAUUCCGGAAGAUAUAGAGAGAAAGGGAAAGGGAAAAGGAUUUUUCAGUUUCUUAGUCUUCGUGUUUGCACCACCCAAUUUUUUGCAUCAUUGUCAUCAUCGUCAUGCAUUGUUGAAUGUGAAAAACCAACUACAAAGGAUUUCAACGCUACCCACGUUUCGUUUGUGCAUGAAAUACUGAAAUUAUGCGCAAAAAGAAAGUUGUUAUUGCAAGGGAAGGCUUGCCAUGCCCAAAUUCUGCUGAUGGGGUUGAAAACAGACUUAUUAACGUCAAAUAUACUCAUCAACAUGUACUCGAAAUGCGGUUCAGUUGAUUUUGCACGCCAAGUGUUCGAUGAAAUGCCCAGCCGAAGUUUGGUGUCGUGGAACACCAUGAUUGGGUCGCUUACUCAGAAUGGAGAGGAGAACGAGGCUCUUGAUCUUUUAUUGCAGAUGCAAAGAGAAGGAACCCCUUUUAGUGAAUUCACCAUUUCAAGUGUCCUUUGUGCAUGUGCUGCUAAAUGUGCUCUUUCUGAAUGCCAGUUGCUUCAUGCCUUUGCUAUUAAGGCUGCAAUGGAUUUGAAUGUUUUUGUUGCAACUGCAUUGCUUGAUGUUUAUGCAAAGUGUGGUUUGAUGAAGGAUGCGGUUUGUGUUUUUGAGUCCAUGCCUGACAGGAGUGUUGUUACAUGGAGUUCAAUGGCGGCAGGAUAUGUGCAAAAUGAGAUGUAUGAGCAAGCUUUGGCAUUGUUUCGAAAAGCUUGGGAAACUGGGUUGAAACAUGACCAGUUUUUAAUGUCAUCUGUGAUUUGUGCUUGUGCUGGAUUGGCAGCCAUGAUUGAAGGGAAACAGAUGAAUGCUUUGCUAUCUAAAUCUGGUUUUUGUUCUAAUAUAUUUGUUGCUUCGUCUCUUAUUGACAUGUAUGCAAAAUGUGGUGGGAUUGAAGAAUCUUAUAAAGUAUUUCGAGAUGUAGAAAAGAGAAAUGUUGUUUUGUGGAAUGCUAUGAUAUCUGGCCUGUCGAGACACGCUCGUUCACUUGAGGUGAUGAUUUUAUUUGAGAAAAUGCAGCAGAUGGGCUUGAGUCCAAAUGAUGUUACUUUUGUUUCUGUCUUGUCUGCUUGCGGUCAUAUGGGCUUGGUUAGAAAAGGACAGAAAUAUUUUGAUCUGAUGACAAAAGAGCAUCAUUUGGCACCAAAUGUCUUUCACUAUUCUUGCAUGGUAGACACUCUUAGCCGGGCAGGCCAGAUCUUUGAGGCUUACGAUUUGAUUAGUAAAUUGCCCUUUAAUGCUUCUGCUUCUAUGUGGGGUUCUCUUUUGGCUUCUUGUAGGACCCAUGGGAAUCUUGAACUUGCUGAGGUUGCUGCUAAAAAAUUGUUUGACAUCGAACCACACAAUUCAGGAAACUAUUUGUUGCUGUCCAACAUGUAUGCAGCAAAUGGUAAGUGGGACGAAGUCGCAAAGAUGAGGAAGCUCCUUAAAGAAAGUGAUGUGAAGAAAGAGAGGGGCAAGAGUUGGAUUGAGAUUAAGGACAAGGUUCACUUGUUUAUGGUCGGAGAGAGAAAUCAUCCCAAGAUUGUUGAAAUUUACUCAAAAUUGAAUGAGGUAAUGGACGAGUUACAGAAGCUUGGUUAUAAGGUAGAGACUCAGCAUGAUCUUCAUCAAGUGGGAGAGAGCAUUAAACAAGAACUUUUGAGGCACCACAGUGAGAAACUCGCUUUUACUAUGGGAUUAUUGUUUUUACCUCCCAAUGCACCUAUUAGGAUUAUGAAAAACCUUAGAAUCUGUGGAGACUGCCACUCUUUUAUGAAGCUUGCCUCAAAAUUCUUUUGUAGGGACGUCAUAGUUAGGGACACCAACCGAUUCCACCAUUUUAAGAAUGGGUGUUGUUCCUGUGGGGAUUUUUGGUGAAUAUUGCUUUUCUUUUGAAGUGCUUCUGUUCCAACACAUCAUUCUAGUACACAGUGAUCUUCCCGUUUAUUUAAUCAAAUGUGCAAGGCAGUAAAAUAACUUUGUAAGCUAAACCAGAAACUCCCUCACCAAUAGUCUCAACCUCAAUGCAUUAGAUCAUCCAAAGUCACUAUUAAAGAUUGACUUGUACCACUAGUUUCCUUUCGUUUGGGCUGUUUCAGGAUCGAGAUGAGCUUGUUAGCAUGUUUGUCCUUAGAGGUGAGUUCUUGGAGCACUGAACACCAUGCUUCCAAGUUCUAAUCAUGCAACCAAAAUUUCUUCUUAUCAUUCAUUCAAGCACAAUCUUUUAACCACUGCAGGAUUGCUAAGAUGUGCAAGUGAGGAUAAAUGCAACGAGGACUUUUCCAGGUAAGUUAAUCCCAGUUUCUACUUUAGUAGUUCCUGAGUAAUGAUGUUUUCUUGUUGUCGACGUCCCUCUUCUAAGGGACACUUACAAUAAAUAGUUUUGGAGUCAUCACCAUAUUAAAUGUACGAGACACUUAAUUAAAGAGUAUUGGUCUAUGCAAAUUCAGAUAAGUUCGAAAGUAAAUUCAGAUUAGUUUGGGAAUCAUUUGUGUAUAGAAAAAGUGUAAGUACCUUAUGAAAAUGGUAACCAAAUUUUAUCUAUUAUUAUUCAAUAAAAAAUAAACAAGGUCCACCAAAUGUAUGUUAUUUUGCCUUGUCUUUAAAUGUCCCAUGUUUACUGGCUCACAUUUUAGAAAUAAAGCAUGAGUGACAUAAGAGCCAUUAAUAAAACAUGAAAAUUUAUUUUGAAUUUACAAAAUAACUUCCGAUCAAACGUUGAUGUUUUAAAUCUCGAUGAGAGAUUUCAUGUAUUUAAGGAAUUGAUAAAUUCCAAAAUAGGACACCAACUACUCACUACUAAUUCUCAUAUUUAAUUUCACUUGCACAUAUUUAUGGGACUUUAGCUAAAAACCAUAAAACCAAUUAUUAAUUUAGUUCAAUUUUGAACCAAUUAUUAUCAGUAAAUCGCUACCAAAUAACUACCAGAGAAUUGAAGGUAGAGUUUUCCACAUCAUUUUAUUGCUUUUCCCAUUGAAGUAUCUUUAAUUUUCUGCCAUGGAAGAAUUUUUAAACCCCUCUCUAGAAGAAUUUCUCCCCUCCCCUUUGAGUUUCAUCCCCUUGUAGGAGAGGGAAAAAAAAAGAAUUAUUGUUCUAGAUAUGGUAUCUGCACUUGUGAUAACGUUGCUGAUUUGCACGUUUUGGAGCUAGGCAAUUCCGUAGAUUUUGGUAUGCUAUCUUUCAACUUAAAUUAGUUGCUAUUGUUCUGUUAUGAAGAAAGGAUUUGUUCCUUUCUGAGCAUCUUAUCUUUUAUGGACUAGGUUUUAAGAUCACUAGAACCCGUUUGAGAAAUGUACUGGUCAUCUGUGAAUACAUUUAGAAGAAUGAAGAAAGGAUGCAAAUUCUUCUGAAUAUUCCGUAUGAAAUGUUUACCUGUUGAGGAAGUGGUUUUUACAUAAUUCUUCAAGUUUCGCCAAUUUCAUUAGAUGCGCUUGUGUUGGCAUCAAAUCUCAGUGCUUGCUCGAGUACGAAGUGGGUAAUGGUCAUGAAAAAGCUAUGUGCAAUUCAUGCUAUCCUCUUUGCAGUAUUCUUUCGACAAAUUAAUAACUCAAUGGUAGGCGCUCUGUUAUAGAUCAGCUGCAACUUAACUAAUACCAAUCUACAGCAUACAUGAACAAGAACAUCUAGAACCAAGGAGGCCAAACGUGAACCAUCUUCAGUUUAUUGAAAUAUCAUUCCGUUCCUUUAGUUGGUUGAAUUCUUUGAGGUGUUGCUUUUCUAUAUAUUGACAUAGAAGCAUUACUGUGCAUGAGUAUCUGCUAGAAUCGGUGAUUUUUGGUAGAAGCCCUGAAGCCAUUGGACUACUUUUUCUGGAGCGUGGUUGAAAGUUGAAAAGUUUGAUUCUUUCUAAAUUCAUUCAUCUUCAUUGAGCUCUUUAUUUCCAAGUUUGAUGAAGUGAAGACUGAUGAGCAGUUGAAUUUUCAGUGCUUAUUGGCAGGCCUAAUAAGUCAUAAAGAUGUUGAAAAUAAAAUCAUUUCAUAAGAUUCAUGUAAUUGUCUUUUUGUUAGACAGAUAAAUGUGUAAUUUGAAACUAAGAUUUGAUAUAUAUAGUGUAUGAAGUUGUAAAAAAA